UGUGGAAGAGGGACUCGCUGGGUAAACGACCGACCCCGAGAGGCCCAGCUAAGGUACGGAACAAGAGCAAUCCAUUACCCACGAAGCUACUACAUUAGCACAGUUCAAAGUCAUCUCAGCCAGCAAAUGCCUGCACUGUCGCUUAUUCUGUCUCUGUUCAUUUAUCUCCACUACGUACACCAGCUAGUAACAGCCUCUACUGCUAGCCCAGACCAGACAGGCCAGACAGACCAUCUGGAGACUCAGCGCAUCAAUCAAGUCAAUCAAUCAAUCAAUCCCAUCCAACUCUUUGCCUCGCUACUUACCUACCUAUUCUAUUUCUCUCUCAUCCUCUCUUGUCAUCAUCAUCCCUUCCUUAUUCCCCUCACUAUACGAAAAUUGUAAUCUUUUUCUUCUUCACUCGCCACACGCACACAUAACGCAGUACACACCUUUUAGCUGCGAACACGCACCUGGACCAGGGGUAUCUGACAGCACAGGACCCUGACCGUCUCGCUCGUCCCGUCUCGUUUUUCCAUUGACUGACCUGCUUGACCUGCUGGCGCCUGCCGACUGUGCCCGCUGUGUUCGCGUGCGUCUACUCCGUACCAUCCAAAACCAAACCAAACCAACCCAAACCCAAACCGCUAGGGGCUCGCCCAUCCAUCCAUAUUACGAUCCUGCCCCAACAAUCACGAAUUGCCGAUUUCUCUGAUUAUCGAUUCGACGCCCGAACUCGUCAGCAACACAUUCUGUUCCUAAACAGAACAACAUCGCAUUUUCGUCUACGACCAGCAUCGACAUUUUUACUCGAGCCCGCAAUCGAAUUUACGUGUGUUGAUGCCUUGAACGCUUUUUGCCGACUCCCCCGCGCGACGCCAACAGUAUUCUGCGACGCCAAUUUCAAUUGAACCUACCGAUCACCACUUUUCCCGUUGUCCACCGACGCCUACGGGUCGUUCCAGCCUCUCUUCGCUGGUCAUGACGCCCGCUCCUACCGGCCCAGGUAGCCCUCUGAUCGCAGGAGCUGCUAUGUCGGGCGGCGAUUUCAACGAUUUUUCCGAUGAAGAGCUUGGCGCUUCAAACCUCUUCGACUUUUCUAAUAGCCCAGAUACCCUCCAGUCAUUCGAGUCGCUCGGCGGAAACGACGCGAAAACGUUUCUCACACCCCAAGAAUUAACAGGGGCACCUCUUCCUGAUUCUCCGAACGGUUCCUAUCAAGACUCAUCAUCUGAAACGGCCUCCUCUAAACGCACUGCAACCCCAACCUCCAAGGCCGCCAUGCACCCCGCUGAAGCGAUGUUGGAGGAAGACGAAAUGAAGGUGGAAUGGGGAAACAGCUUUUUUAACGACGACGAUCACUUUGUUUUUGGUCAAAAUCACGACGAUGCGUCAAUGGAAAUGUACCCUUUUGGCGAACCUGGAGAAUCCAUCCUCGAGCACCCCUACGAUAUGGACACCGCUUCUAGUAGCCCAGAAGGCUUAAAUACAGAACAACCGGCUCUCACAUCUCAGAUGCCCACAGUCAGCUCGAAAGCCCCUAUCAAAGAUGCAACACCUAAGAGGAAGAAAGCACAGGGUCACCAGAAAGCCUCUUCAGUAUGUUCAUCGCACAAUUUUUUCAACCAGACGAGCCCUUUGUUAACGAACUUGAAGCAAUACUCGGUAUCUUCAGCAAUGAAUGGAUUAAAAACAUCAGCAUCACGAGAAGUUUCGCCAAUGUCCAACAUGGUGCUGAGCCAUGGCAGUUCUCCAGCGCCUCUCUUCAAUUCUCCCUCGCCCAAUACUCAAAUAGAUUUCUCUAGAGUUGUGAAUGGAGGAGUGGGAGCACAGCAUGUGUGGCCAAACAAAAUCGACGUGGCAGCGCAACCAGUACCCGACAGCUUGCCUAUGCAUUUUAGCGGUCAGAUGAACCAGCCUAUGCCUAUGCCGCAGCAAAUGCCAAUGCCCACACAAUUCAACUUCAAUGGACGAUGCCAAUUAAAAAUCAUGCCUACGCCUCUCAAGUCGAGGGUCGAGACCCAGAUCCCUAUCAAAAUGACCCUGUGGCCAUUGCCGCCUGGGGUCACCAAACUGCAUCUGCCACCCCACACCAUUUCAAAGCCUAAGCUGUUGUCGAAGCCAACGCCUGAGAAGUCUCCAGAUAUGCUCGAGCUGCAUGUCUCAUUAGUUUGCACGAGUGCAAUGGAUGAGCCUGGUGUCAAAGAAGCCGCGCUCAAGCGGGCGGCAUCACACCCCCAGGGCUAUCUUCCGCCUCUGCCAGAUAACAACAGUUCUCAACCAAAAGGCGGCGAUGUACGUAUUUGCCAAGGUUGCAUAACGAGAGAGCGAAAGCGCGCGGCUCGGAAAAAGAUCAAGAAGCCAGAGGAAGAGAAGGUCUGGCUGGAAGACGAAGAGCGCCGUGUCAUUGUCUUCAACACGCAAGAAGUCAAGGACUGGCAACCUCCCAGCGGCGUCAUGGAGUCAACUGUUCCCGAGGGUACCAUGCAGGUUGAUGCUGCGAUGCGCAUUGCUUGCUAUUGUCGACACCAUGGCGAAAAGAUGGGAUUCAAUGUUAUCUUCACCAUUAAAGAUUUCCAAGACAGAGUCGUCGCCCAGGCCAUGUCAAACCCAAUUAUGAUCACUGACGACCACAAGACUCACCCAAUUGCUCAGGUUGCGGCACAGCAGCCAGCUAUUCCAGAACCCCCUAUGCCAUCCCUACCCCAAGCAAGUAUUGAGAACAACGUUCUUCUACCACCUACCACCAAUGGAUCCUUCCGCAUGUCGCCGUCUAACGGCGAUUUAUCGAAUAUGCAUAGAAGCAGCCAGGCCUCAUACCAAUCUAAAGCAUCGUCAACUGGUAAUCUUGGUAGGACACUCUCGCGCCCAGCUUCGCCAACUCUUGGUGGCCCGAUGGCAAAGAAGAGAAAGUCAAGCGCUUCGAGAGUUCCUAAUGGACUUACCAUGACCCGCUUGGAUACGUCACCCUCACCUGGGGCGGAUGUCAAUCAGCUAUCUAAUGCUACAUCCCCUUUUACACCUAACCUCGCUGCCUUCUCUCAAGCCGAUCCGAUGUUUGGACAGCAAGCAAUGGCCUUUACCACAGGUCCUCCUACACCCAGCAACGAGCUACCAGGGUUCUACGCCAAUCACCGCUCCGCGAGUAUGGAUAACAUGGCCAUGGCGCAGCUUUACUCAGCACCUGCUUCAGGACACCCGAGCCGUGCUCCCAGCCCCAAUGGCCUUCGAAACAGUAUCGUUGGCAACCCCCAGAACCAAUUUGCCCAGGCACUCGCAAGCACCUUCAGUGUGCCUACAGGCAUGACGCCACUGCGAGCACCUCCAGUCAUUCACAAGAUCAUUCCCAACGAGGGUCCUACAGUGGGAGGUAUUGAAGUGACAGUUCUGGGUGCUGCCUUUUUCCAGGGGCUUGAAAUCUGGUUUGGCAACCACAAAGCCACGACUACUACGUUCUGGGGCGAAUCAUCAGUUGUCUGUCUACUGCCACCCGCUCCUGGCCCUGGACCUGUGCCAGUCACUUUCAAGAACCAGAACCCUCAGGCCGGCCAAGCUUUCUUAAACACAGCAAAACAGCCGCCUACUUUCAAUUACUUGGACGAUGGCGAGGACAAGCUGAUUCGAGCUGCUCUGUCUGUACUGGGGCAUAAGAUGUCGGGCCAAAUGAUUGAUGCCAUGGACGUCGCCAGAAGAAUUUUGGAUAACGGAAAUGGAAGCCACUGGUCUGGUGGUUCUGACGGUGCCCAGGGUGGUUCCUCAUCAGGGGGAGCCAUGUUCAGCCAUGCCCCUUAUGCUCAUCUCGAGUCUCAGCUUCUGAAGUGCCUGGACCUCAUUGACCUCGAUGACAGCAUGCACAGAACCCGCCUGGAUCUCAAGAGACCCACCGGUCAUACUAUGCUUCACCUCUCUUGUUCGCUAGGCUACCAUCGCUUGGUUGCAGCCUUGCUGGCCAGAGGUGCAAACCCGGAUGCUAGAGAUAGGGGUGGCUUCACACCUCUUCAUAUCGCAUCGAUCCACAACCACCCUGAGAUCGUUAGAAGGCUCAUGCUGAACGGUGCCGACCCCACCAUCAGGAGCGUAUCUGGACUUGCCGCUUCCGAUAUUGCUCAGUCGCGUGCUGUAAUCCACGCUAUCCGCCGUUCUCAGCGACAUGCCCGAUCCCGCAGCAGCGGUGGCUCCGGUUCUCUUCACAGCCGAGCCAGCAGUGCCACUUCGCUCCGAUCGCUCUGGGAGCCUAUGACUAAGAUUCACAGUCACGAAGAGCCAAUCUCACCUGAUUCUAGCGAGGAGAGUCCAGAGUACACAUCGGGAGAUUUCGAGGAUGAGGAUCCCGAUGAGGAUUCCUACUUGAGCAUGAGAAGACCUAGUGGCUUCAGGCAAGAUCGUGAGCGACCCAAUCUUCGCCGCCAGCAGACUAGCGAAAUGGAGGAGGAACUUGCACCACCUGCUACAACAAUGGCUGCUCUCAAGGAGCAGUUCCAGCAACAGGUCCACCAAUUCCAGCAGUUCCAACAGUCGAUUGCUAUGCAGUUCCAGAAUUUCCCACAUUUCCCUCAGAUGCCUCAAAUGCCUGCAUUGCCUAACAUGCCUGGCUACCAAGCACCCUUCAUGCGACGAGUCCAGCAACUGAUGCCAGGUAUGGCAGGUCCUCGUGCUGAUGGCGAGCAGCCUCAGCGCUGGUGGGAUUCGUCUUCCAAGGCAGCCGCGCCAGCACCUCCGGCUUACGAGGAGAUCUUCCCCCAGGAAAGUCUCGACCAAAAGCAUGAGUCAGCUGCCCGAGCUGCUGUGGAGGCUGAGGCUGAUCAAAAAUGCGCGGCCUUGUUCGACCAGACCACAUCUACUGAGACCGAGUCGGCUGAAAUUACUGAAGUCACCGAAGUGGCUGAAAUCAAGACUGAAGAGCCAGGAGUCCUCAAGAUUGGCCGAAAGAACGCCAUCACCAAGGAGCAGCAAGAGCAAUUCCGCCGAGCACAUGAAGUCAAGAUGAAGAGGAUUAGCAGUGACCACAAUCUGUUCUUCAUCUGGAUCCCCCUCCUCCUUGUAAUGAUUUGCGGCAUGCUAUACAGCUACUUCCCUUGGCUCUUCACCUUUGCCUGGGCUUUUGUUCGCUCACUAUAUCAGAACGGGCUCACCAAGACACAGCAACUACUUCAACAAAAUCUACCAGAGCGGGUUCUCGAAGGUGUUGAAGUUUGAUGAUUUAUGAUGGUGUUCCUCAUCACUUGUUCACAAUCCCAAAGCGUAUUUAUUUCUCCUACGGAUUGGGCUGGGCGUUUAUUAUUUGUUUUACCACUUAUGACCGAUGCAACCUGUUUCUCCUUUAUACUAUUGUCAUUCGUUCAGGCAUUUUUGGUCCCAGCGUACAAAGAACUAUUAUAUCUUCCAGGGCUGCUACAAUGUCCCAAGCGAUCAACGUGAGAUGGAUCUGGAGGAUUUCCAUCAGAAAUACGAAGCGCACAGCGGGUCGACAUGAACAGAGAGCCUUUUCUUUGGCAGUUUUCCCUGGGAUGAACUUGGACGGGCAAUAGAGGUGGUCUUUGAAAUCGGGGUUUCAUCAACUGUUUUAACACACAACUAUGGGAAGUCUCCUAGGCAGAUGGGUGAUUAGGGAAUAAUGAGGUGUUGAUGUUUUCUGGUUAUGGACCUCUGGUGAAUGAAGUGGUUGAAGAUUUUGGUGGAAUGUAAGGAGACUGUAUAUGUAUAUAGGUAUAACCGAAAAGGUAGAAACGAACUGGCUUAAUUGACUGCUAUCCCUUAAUCGUCUG